GCUUUGAGACGAAACGUUGUGAAGAAAAAGAAAACUUAACCUGUUCGACAUCUUGCGGUCAAUACCGCCAAUGCAUUUUAUACAAAUAUAUAACAGCUGACAUACGUUCCUUAAGCUCCUCUGGGUGGAUCUGGUCAGAAUCGAACACGCAUUUAUAAGGUUUUCACACGAGGAGCCUUUGAAUUUUUGCAUUCCCGGCUGCCAUUAGGAAGCCAUUUGGAAAUUUCUUCAAUUUCAGGCUUUUUCUUCAAGUGAAAUCAAGCUUCGGGGAAGAAAAAUUCUGGGUUUUCUAUUGAAUAUCUUCCUAUACUAUUCAGAGUUCAAAUUCUGAUGAGAAGAUAUUUGGUGGGUAGGUGAAAAUUUGCUUGCAUCUGCUGGAAGUUGGGAUAUCAUAGGUGUUCUCUUGAGGAAAAUCGACUUGGGCCGGUGCCAAAUCGCGGAAGUUUGAAACUUCGUGUGAGUUUUGCGUGAUGAAUGUGUUCUAGGGUUUUGGUUAUUAGAGGUUUACGGAUUAAUGAAAUGAGAAAGAUAUUAAACGUUUUCGGCAACAAAUAGGUCUUAUGAAGACAGGCUGUUUCAUUGCUUUGGUUAUUCUGCUAUGUGCUUCAGCAUCAACGAGCUCAGAGGAGAGCAGGACGACAGAGGAAGUUUUUCUCAGUCAACUGGUUGAUCCAGCAACUGGAAAGAUUGAUGGGGACAUGGCACAGCUAUUAUGGAUAAGUUGCAAGGUUGAUUUGUUCCGUUUGACGGAAGCUAUUGAACAUCUUGACUUGUGGUUAACAGAGGAAACAUAUAGUGGCACAGAUGAAAUUAUUUCAAAAACACGGUUAUUGGGAAAAGAAAAGUUUCAAAAUCUUAUUAAUGUCCUGCAUCCUGAGGUGAAACGAACUCUAUCAGAUUGUUUAAGAAAGCAUAAUCUCCUAUUCAGUGUCUCUGGAGAAGAGGGUGCCUCUAAGAUUUGGUCUGUCAAGUAUAUCAAGUCCCUGUUUCCCAUACCUUAUGUUCCAAGAAGAAAUUUGGCUGAUGUACCUUCUCCAGCCCCUGCACCAAGAUCUUCUCCUGGUGUAGCACCUUCCACUUCUCAAAGUCCUAGUCCUACGCCUGCACGCCGUUCUCCACAAGGAUCAUUUUUUCCUUCCAUUCCCAGAAAUUCGGGUCCUCAAGCUUCAGGGCCAGCUUCUGGCUCAAAUAUACAGGAACAUAAAGGACAAGAUGAACGUAAAAAAAUUGUUACUGCUGUUGUUAUAACUGCAUCAGUGACAUUUAUUGUUGCAGCAGUGCUCUUUUUAUGCUGUACUAAAAUAUGUAGAAAUGGGAAAAAGGAUAGACAAAAUGAUGACAGGCCCCUUCUUAGCCUGAGUCUAACUGAUUCUGCUGGUUCUUCAUACAAGUCUUAUGCUAUGGGAAGUUCCAUGAAAGAAGAGAAGCUUGACCAUCAAUCAUUAGAAUUAGGAUCCCCUGGAGGUGCUUCCAAGUUUGACGUAUCCAACAGUAUCAAUGGACUAGUACCACCUCCUCCUGGAAUGUCUCUUCUGAAGCCUCCGCCUGGCAGAGCAAAUCCUCUCCCACCUGAACCACCUUCUUCAUUUAAGCCACCUCCCAGCAGGGCUAGUCCUCCUCCACCACCUGUCCCACCUCCCGCUUUAAACCCCCCAGGGAGUGCAGGCCCUCGGCCCCCACCUCCCCCAGCCCCUCCUGGCCCUCGGCCCCCACCGCCUCCAGCACCUCCUGGCCCUCGCCCCCCACCACCUCCAAAGAGCGGCGUUCCUCCUCCUCGGCCACCUCCAGCAAUGGCUAUUGGUUCAAAGGUAGCUCGACCUCCACCUCUUGCCCCAAAACAUCCAUCGGAUGCUGGAUCGGAGGUUGAUGGUGAUGCUCCUAAAACCAAGCUGAAGCCCUUUUUUUGGGAUAAGGUUCUAGCAAACCCUGAUAAUUCAAUGGUUUGGCAUCAGAUUAAGUCAGGAUCAUUCCAAUUUGAUGAAAAUAUGAUUGAAACUCUCUUUGGGUACAACGCUGCUGAUAAAAACAAAAAUGAACGCAAGAAAGAGUCUUCAUCUCAAGAUCCUAUGCCACAGUUUAUUCAAAUUAUUAAUCCCAAAAAGGCACAAAAUCUAUCAAUUCUUUUGCGGGCAUUGAAUGUGACCAUAGAAGAAGUCUGUGAUGCAAUUCGUGAAGGGAAUGAGCUUCCCUCAGAAUUCUUACAAACUCUGUUGAAGAUGGCACCAACACAAGAAGAAGAACUAAAGCUUAGAAUGUUCAAUGGUCCACUUUCUCAACUUGGGCCUGCUGAGCGGUUCCUAAAAGCGUUGAUUGACAUCCCAUUUGCUUUUAAGCGAUUGGAAGCACUACUUUUUAUGUGCACUCUUCAGGAGGAGGCCACCCACCUUAAAGAGUCUUUCGCGACCUUGGAGGUUGCUUGUAAGGAACUAAGAAGCAGUCGGCUUUUCCUCAAGCUUUUGGAAGCUGUUCUUAAAACUGGCAAUCGCAUGAAUGACGGAACAUUUCGUGGUGGAGCACAAGCUUUCAAACUUGACACACUCUUGAAAUUGUUAGAUGUAAAAGGAAUAGAUGGCAAGACAACGCUUUUGCACUUUGUUGUUCAGGAAAUAAUCCGCUCUGAGGGUGUCAGAGCUGCUCGUACAGCAAAAGAGAGCAGGAGUUUCUCUAGCAUCAAAACAGAUGAUCUCCUUGAGGACACUUCCAAUGAAACAGAAGAACAUUAUCGCAGUCUCGGUCUUGAGAAAGUUUCAGGUUUAAGCAAUGAACUUGAGAAUGUCAGAAAAGCAUCUGUUUUAGAUGCUGAAAGCUUAACAGGAACUGUUGCCAAACUUGGUCAUGCACUGAUAAAAACCCGGGACUUCCUGAACACGAACAUGAAAGAUUCAGGGGAAGAUAGUGAAUUCCAUGAAACACUGAAGAGUUUCGUGCAGAAUGCUGAGGUUGAUAUCGUGGGUCUUGUUGAAGAAGAAAAGAGAAUCAUGGCUCUGGUGAAGAGCACUGGUGACUACUUCCAUGGGAAUUCAGGGAAAGAUGAGGGCUUACGAUUGUUUGUUAUUGUGCGAGAUUUUUUAAUAAUCGUAGAUAAGGUUUGCAGAGAGGUAAAAUUGGCACCAAAAAAGUCAACAAAAGUUCAGAAAAAGGAGACACCUUCCUCUGAUCCCCACCAGCCUUCUACAACACCAUCUGCCUCUGAUCUUCGGCUGCCUCCUCCGCCUGAUCUCCAUAAGCGGCUUUUCCCGGCAAUCCAAGAUCGACGAAUGGAUAACUCUAGCUCAGAUGAUGAAAGUUAAUUGAUUUUACUUGGAGAAGGUGAACAUCACUGUAGAAUCUCAACAACGACACGCCCUUUUGGUUUGUCUGAAGAUGUUAUCCGUAGGCAGUGAUCACAUAAGGAUUCGUGAAAAGGGAGAUAAGAGUUGAGCCUGUGGCAUAUACCCUUCUCUUCAAGGUGGAAUUUCACUGGAUUGAAUCUAUGCUCACUUUCGAAGGUACCUCCGGUGAUGUUUAACCCCAACUUAUGGCUGGCCGUGUACAUCAAUGACUAACCACUGAUAAGGCAGACGACAGGACUACACCAGUACUAUACCGAACUGGCUGAACUGUGGCUGCUCAUCCUCCUUUCAAAAGGCUAACAAUUUCUUGAUUGACCAGCUAUUGGACCUAACAUCGCAUUAGUAGAGUGACCUUCCUUGUAAUUUGGUGUCCUGUGGAGAAUGAACUUAUGACAAAACAAUGUUAUUGCCCUUAGACAGCCGGACGUCCGCAGCAGCGAUUUAGACUCGGUGAUUUUUUUUUUCCUAUUUCUUUGUUCUUCUCACCUAUGAUUAUUUGUUUAUUACUUUUGUUCAUAAUUUUGACCUUUUGGGAGUGAAAAAGGUGUAGCAAGGUAGUUUUGUGUUCAAUAGAAUUGUUUUUACUUU